UGUAGUGUACAGUACAGUACAAUAUAUGCAGAAUUUUGUGUUACAAACAAAUGUGAUAAACGUUUAUCAAUAGACUAAAUGAUAUGAUAUUAAUAUUAUAGUAUUGUUUGGUUUAUAUCGUAAGUCAUAUAAGUUUAGAAUAAAAUUAAUUAAUUAAUUGAUAUUUUCUGUGAAAAUCAAAUCAAUUGUAAUGUCUUUCAUGCGAUCAUUCGCUUCACAAGUUGUCCGCAAUUAUAACAAUCGGAUAUUAAAUGUCGAAAGAGUGACCAAUUGGUCGACAAUGAGUUCAUUUCAAUUGAGAUCUUUGAGUGAUCUUAAUGUCAAACAUAACUCACAAAAAAAUCAGUUCUUUGUGGAGUUGGGAUCAGAUAAAGCAGUCCUCGAGUAUAAAGAGGUGAAACCAGGACUUCUUGAUCUCUACCACACCGAAGUACCGAAUCAAUUGCGAGGUAAAGGAAUCGCACAGAUGUUAGCAAAGGAAGCGUUUGAUUAUAUGGUUAAAAAUAACAUCAAAAUGAUUGUCAGCUGUACUUAUCUACAGAAAUAUCUUAAAGACAACCCAAAUGAAGAAUAUACAAAACAAGUAUUUGAAAAUAAACAUUAAGUAAUUGAUUAAAAUUUUAAACAUAUUUUAUUAAUGACAAAUUAACAAUGAUUUUUAUCUUCUAAUAUAAAUCCUCCACCGAUUUAUUAUAUAAUAAUUAAUUUUUGAUAAAUA